AAAUAUAUCGUUACCUAUCUCGUCUGUCGCGAGAUUACACGCGUGCAUCGACUGUAUUCACUUCCGGUGAAUAUAUUUUGAUCGUGUGCAUGUAAAAUAUGCGUUAUCCAUACAGAAGUAAGCAUGCUUGGGGACCAGUGAACAUUUUAUUAACGAUCAGCCUUUUGAUUAAGGGGGCACUUAACGAUGUAAUAUCUCUGAAUGGUGCAAACAUUGGAAGUGUUAUAGGUUCAAAUGAGGUGGUGUUCAUUAACUUUUAUGCUGACUGGUGUAGAUUUAGUCAGAUUCUAGCUCCGGUCUUUGAAGAAGCAUCUAAUAAAGUAAAAGAUGAAUUUCCUACUCCAGGGAAAAUUGCUUUCGGCAAAGUAGAUUGUGAUUCAGAAUCUGAUAUAGCCAGCCAAUAUCAUAUAUCGAAAUAUCCAACACUUAAACUGGUUCGCAAUGGACAACUUAUUAAGAAAGAAUACAGAGGUCAAAGAUCUGUGGAUGCUUUGGUCCAGUUUGUCAAAGAUCAAGUCAGAGAUUCAGUUCAACAAAUUGACUCAUUGGAUAAAUUAGAUGAAUUAAAUGAAAAAAAGAGACACAUAAUUGGUUACUUUGCUGAUGUAAACUCUGAUAGUUAUAGGUUAUUUAAUAAAGUAGCAAGCACUUUACGUGAAGAUUGUGAAUUCCAUUCUGCAGUCGGACCAGUUUCUGAGCCAGAGAGAUCAAUGGGAGACAGAGUUGUUUACAGAGCACCUCAGACAACCCACCAGGAUAUUGCCUAUAUUGGUAGUCUGACAGAUUUUGAUGGUCUCUUGCACUGGGCUCAGCAAAACUGUGUGCCCCUGGUCAGGGAGAUUACAUUUGAUAAUGCUGAGGAAUUGACAGAAGAGGGAUUACCAUUUUUGAUUCUGUUCCAUCACCCAGAUGACAAAGACAUUGUUCAGAGAUUCUCUAAUGUUGUCCAACAACAGCUAAAGACUGAAAAAUCAUCUGUAAAUUUCCUGACUGCUGAUGGUUUGAAGUUUAAGCACCCUCUUCAUCAUCUUGGUAAAUCUGAGUCAGACCUUCCUGUCUUAGCGAUUGACAGUUUCCGUCACAUGUAUUUGUUCCCACAUGAUGUUAAAAAAGAUCUAGAAACACCAGGGUUUUUGUCCCAGUUCAUAGCUGACCUACAUUCAGGAAAACUUCAUAGAGAAUUCCACCAUGGACCUGACCCCACAACUCCAUAUCCUACUCCCCCGCCCCCUGGGUCUGAUAAUGCUGAAGAGAAACAGGAACAAAAAACUGACCAUAUCCCCCACGAUGUCAACAGAGACAAUGCCCCCAAACAGCCUACAUCCCCUCCCGAGUCAACCUUCAGGAAACUUGCCCCCUCUAGAAAUAGAUAUACGAUUUUGAGGGAUGAGUUAUGAUGAAGUUCUUAGGAGUGAAAUUAUUUCGUUUUUUAAGGAUCAGUUAUCAAAAACAAUGCCAUUUUAAAUCAAUACUGGACAAGUACACAAAAAGAAUUCAUUUUUUUUUUGUCCAACCAUAAGCAAGACUCUGUUAAAUACAUUGUACAAGUGGAUGUACAGUGUAAAUGAAUUUGCUAAACUGAUCUCACGUAAUCAUUGCUGUUGAGUUCAUGUAUGGGAUGCUUUCCUGUGACAAGGAAUUAAGAAUGAAGAUAUUUUUUGUUUCAUCAUGUUAAAUUAAAUUGUAGUUAAUCUUUUCUACAUGUAUAAUAGUCUAGGUUGAGGAGGGAGUUUAUUAGAAUUUUUUGGUCAGGUUUUGCUUUUAUAAUCCUGAUAUGUGCAGAGAUUUUUGAAUCUUGUUUCUUAUUUAAUUUUCAAUGCUGUCCAUCCAUAUCCAAUACUUGUUUCAUACAUUACAAAUUUACAUGUACGUGUAUGUAGACUGUAUAAUAAGUAAUACUGUUUUAAGUGAUCAUUAAGUAGGAUAUAGGAAAUAUACAUGUUAUGUCUGUGAAAGUGUGUCUUUUGCAACAUGUACACUGUCCAUUUUCAAGGUACUGUAACAGAAAAAAAAUACCAAAUUAUUAUGUGUAAAACUAUUCAGCUUGUUGGUAUUGGUCGUUUGCAUUUCCUUUUUAUGCACCAGUUGAUAUGUCACAGAGUUUUGAAUUUAAUAUGUACAUCUUUUAAUCAUUAUUUUUUCCUCCAUACAAUUUUUCAUAUUAUAUAUUUCUCAGUCAAUUUGUAUCAAGGUUUGAUAAAAAUUGCCUGCUUCAAACAACAGAAAAUCCACUUUCAUUCUAAGCACUGUAAACAGAAAAGGUGGACUGAGUAAAAUUUUCACCAACUUUUAGUAAAACAUCUCUGCCAAACUAUUCAAGAUUUUAAACAAAGUUUACUUACAGUAAAUAAGUACAAAUUUACUGAAACUUCAUCAGAUGUUACAUUUUGAAUCAUAAAUACAAAUUACAAUGUACAUGUAUGUUAAAUGUAUGCCCCUUUAUGUGGGUGAAAUCAUUUUUUAACUUUGUUCAUUUUUUUAAAUUAUAUUUAAAGAAUGUCAAAUGACAUAAUAAAAUAUUUUCUGAAA